AUGGUAACCACCGCCAGCGAGAGCAUCUGUGCCGCGCUCGACGAUGGUGGGGGAGUUCGCUUCGGUCCCCAAACGUUCGCCAUUUACUCUUGCGCCGCCCUGCCGCCGAGUUUCGGAAAAGUCAGACAUGAUCCAACGCUCCACGCCAAGCUGAGCAAGACUGCUGCACGGGUUUGCAAGACACUGCCCGUCUACAUAGACCUACAAGAUGAAGAUGUCGCCGAGCUGGCUUCCCUGCAUGUGCCAGUGUCGGUGCCCCGCGGUCAACGGAUGCUACCGAUCAAAGCCAACAUGAUCGACCUUGACCACCUCCCGUGGUUCCUGAUUAAUGCGGCAGUAUCCAAGAAGCACUGCGUGAUCGGGCGGGGCUCAGCGGUGGAAUCGCUGCUGGUUAUCCUGCAACGACCCUGGUGCGUUCUUGAGGUCUGCUGCGCCGAUACUGAGACUAUCGCCGCGAUGAAGGACUUUGCCCUACUAGCGACCCUGGUCGACGGCGAAAGCUAUAACGCUGCUCUGCUGUUAUUAUCUCACGAGUACCUGGUUAGAUUGGCAUCAAUAUCAAGGUCAGCCGAUAUCUUGUUACCUUGUAACGAAAACUCCUCGGCUCGACCAUUCCCAGAAAAGGCAAUCCGUGAUAUAUAUGCAGCGACAACGCUCGUCAGCUCGUACAAUCGGUUCUGGCUGCCGCUAGUAUGCUGCUGUGCGGUUUACCUGGAUUUGUCCUUUCCUGAUGCUGUGAGGAGGAUUCGUGAUGAUGCUGAGGGCUUAGACGGCAUGGGUUGGAUUGAGCUGUAUAGAUUCUUGCUGAGGAGGGUCGGGGAUUGGGCUUGA